AUACGUUUCAAGCAUUUUUAUGUGAAUGCAGACGUGUUUCGUAUAAGCUGCUUUGACGCCAGUGGGUUAGGACUUGUGGCAAAAGUUUAUAGUGGCCUUCAUAACAAAAGUAUUAGCGAGCUGGUCAUUCAAGGAGAACCUAAGAAACCUCGACCAACUGGUUUCAACAUCAACAACAUGUCGAUUUCGAUUCUGGGUUUUGACAGUACAUCGCGAGCGCAAUUCUUCCGCCACAUGACAAAGACUACUGCGGAGAUGAAGAAGAUGGGAUUCGUCACGCUUCAGGGCUAUAACAAGGUGAUCUAG